GGAGCCGGGACCGGAGCAGCGGCUGGAGGAGGAGGAGGCGGCGCGGCCCGGCUGCAGCAUGGAGGAGCCCAGCACCAGGGGCCGCCAGCGAGGUGCCCGCGCCCCCCGCCAUGGCCAUCGUCGAGCCCAGCCCUGAGCCCGGUGCGCGCCCGCGCCGUGGUGCCAUGGGCAGCGUGGGCAGCCUCCUCGCUGGCCGGCCCUGCCACGACCGGCCCGGCCAGGCCACCGGCUUCGUCCCAGCCCGGCCGGCGCCCCCGGGCCCAGGCCCUUGGGGCUCCCAGGACCCGCUGCUGCUCAGCCUGCGCCCCAAGAAGUCCCCCGCCAGCCCCUGCAGCGAUGCCGAGGAGCCGCGCGGGGGCAGCCUCCGCGGGCCCCCCCCCAAGUUGGUGCCUGUCUCGGGGCGGCUGGAGAAGAACGUGGAGAAGACGCUGAUCCGCCCCACGGCCUUCAAGCCGGUGGUGCCCAAGGGCCGGAGCCCGGGCGGUCCGGCGCUGUCCGACAGCCAGGCCAGCUUGGCCCAGCUCUUCGAGAAGCCGGGGGGUCCCCACAGCUGCCGCCACAGCGCCCACUCGGGGACCCUGUCGGACUCGGGGAGGAACUCCCUGUCCAGCCUGCCCACCUACAGCACCGGGGGCAGCCACGCCGAGCCGCCCGGUGCCACGCCGGGCCACGGUGCGCCGGACGGGCUGGGCGCGCGGGGUCUGCCCGGGCCCUGGGCCUCGGACAGCGGGCGCUCGUCGUCCAGCAAGAGCUCGGGCUCGCUGAGCGGCCGCGGGGCCCCCUCCUCGGACGGCGGGUCCCGCGGGCGCUCGCCGGGCAGUGGCGACGAGGUCCUGCUGGUGCGGGAGCUGGAGGAGAAGCUGCGGGAGCGGGAGGCCGAGCUGCGGCGGCUGCGGGAGAGCCUGGAGGAAGAGGGUGCCGGUGGGCAGGUGCUGGGGGAGCCGGCGGCAGGCGGUGCGGCGGAGCUGGUGGCGCGGCAGGCGGGCCGGGGGCGCCGGGCGCAGCAGGUGCUGCAGCUGCAGGUGCUGCAGCUGACGCAGGAGAAGCGGCAGCUGCAGGAUGACUUCGCCCAGCUGCUGCAGGAACGCGAGCUGCUGGAGACGCGCUGCGCCGCCCUGGAGCGCCAGCAGGCCCAGCUGGCCCCGCGCCUGGAGGAGACGCAGUGGGAGGUGUGCCAGAAGGCGGGCGAGAUCUCCCUGCUGAAGCAGCAGCUGAAGGAGGCGGCGGGCGAGGCGGCGCAGCGGGGCACGGAGCUGCUGGGGCUGCGGGCGCAGCUGCGGGAGGCGCGGGCCGGGCUGCAGGCGGGCGAGGCGGGCGCCCGCGAGCUGCGGGAGGCGGUGCGGGCCAAGGCGCUGGAGCUGGAGCGCUGCGGGCAGGAGCUGGGGCGCCGGCAAGCCGAGGCAGAGCGCCUGCGGCUGCAGGCCGGGCGGCUGGAGCGCGAGCUGGCCGCGCUGCGGAGCGCCGAGCCGGCGCCGGGCCCCGAGGCGCCCGAGUCCCUGCGGCGCCGGGCCGAGCGGCUGCGGGCCGAGCUGGAGGCCGAGCGGCGCCGGGGCCGGGAGGAGCGCCAGGCCUUCGAGGCCGAGCGCUGCACCUGGCAGGCCGAGAAGGACGAGGUGCUGCGCUACCAGCGCCGCUUGCAGCAGCACUACGUGCACAUGUACCGCCGCAACCGCCAGCUCGAGCGCCGCCUCGGCCCCCCCGGUCCCGGCCCCGGCCCCGGCCCCGCGCUGCGCCUCGAGGAGAUCGCCGCCACCCAGAUCUGACCCGCGCCUGGGAGCCCUCGCCGGGGCGGGGAGCCGGCUCCAUGCUCGGGGGUGGGGGUGAGCAAGGGGCUCCCCGAGCUCCCGAGCUGGAGCGUAGGGCCCCUCCGGUGCGUGCGGCAGGGGGAGGUUGGUUUCUAUGCUGUGUGAAAUGACUCUAUUUUUGUAGGACCUACAGAAACUGCCCCCGACCUCUCCGCCUGCCUGCCUGCCCCACCCCUCGCCCCGGUCGGACCCCUGAGCCCCUCGGCUCCGCGUAGCUGAGAUGUCUUGCCAGUGCCUUCUCCCACUGCCCAGAUGCCCCCUUCUACCUCGAUUUCCCCCCCUUUGCCGUGUGCUCAGGGCGGUCCUGGGCGUGGGGUGGGGUCCCAGCCCGUGCUCGGUGCCCCCGCCCCAGGCCUGGCACCGGCUGCACUAUAGGGCUCUGCUCCCACCCCACCCGCCCUGGCUCCCCUGGCUCUCGGGCGCCUUUCACAGCUCCGCUCCAGUCGGGCAAGCCGCCCGUGUGUGACCCCCGGGCUGGGAGGGUGGCCGGGCCAGCCCCCGCUGGCACUGGGUCCUGGCUGUCCCCCCAGCCCCGGGCACAUGGGAGAUGCCCCUCCAGUCCCCUGGGAUCUGGCUGAGAGAGGGGCUGUUUCCUUCGCCCCCGCCCGAGCCACUCAGUCCAGGGAGGGGGUUUCCUCCCCGCCCCCUUGGCGUAGCAGUGCCCACCCGGGCCGGCAUCAGACCAAAGCACCCCCCCGGCACCACGGGCCUGGGGUUUUGUACAUUUAUUCCCGACCGCAUCCGCGUUUGUACAGACUGAGGGCGCCAAUAAACCCGCUGUGUUUGUA